GUAGUGGAUCCCGGUUUGGCGCAUAAACGUGCAACGCCCGUCCGUCUCGUACUCAGUAACAAACGAGUCGCCGUCAAUCAAACACACACUCGCGCGCGCACAUACACGCCGUACGUACGCACACGCGCCGAACGGUUCGUCGCCACAAGUGUUUUUUUAUUUAUUUUUUUUUUUCUGUUUUUGAACUUUCUUUUUCUUUUUUUUUUUCGUAUUCUCUCGCCGUUCACGUUAUUCCUCUUCGUUUCUUUACCGCGUUCCUGGUGGUGGUACGCUUUCCCAUCGUCCGCCGCCGGUUUUCCUCCGUCAUCGUCUCCGAACGGGCGCAACCCCCCCUGCACCGGUAAAUACACACGUGGAGUGCGCGUCCGCCGCGUUCCCGUCCGGUCAUCGUCUGCCGACAACACGCGCGCCGCGCCGGCUGGACCGACACAAACAUGGUCCCCGCCGCGCCAUUAAGAUGAUACCGGCGUACGAACCGUCGGGAGACAGUUUCGUCGAAUACAUAUUCGUGCUGAACCAUUCGAAAACUUGAGUCCGCCCAACUAGUGCGCGCACACACACCCUCGGACGACGCGACCGCCGCCUCCGAUCAGACACCCGUUGUUGUAAGACCGUCACAUAACUCUGUGUGUGUUGUUAUCGGUGAUAGUUUUUUUUUUACCCUCUCGUUCCUCGCCGCCACCGCAGCCGCAGCCGCAGACGCCGUUGUUUCUCGGAAAACUAUGACGAAAUACAGUGGAAUGGGCUUCGAACCCGCAAUAGUGCUGAUGGCCACGCUGGUAGCCAUAAUGGCCGUGUCCGUGGUCGCGGUUCCGGCCGCACAUCACUUGCACCACCACUCGGGCGGUCACCACCGGAUGUCCGGUUCCGGCGCCGCCGGAUCGUCGUCGCCGUCGUUGUCGGGUGUCGAGCACCCGCUCAGCAAACGGUCGUUCUUCGACAUCCAGUGCAAGGGCGUGUACGACAAGACGAUAUUCGCCCGACUGGACAGGGUGUGCGAGGACUGUUACAACCUGUUCAGAGAACCGCAGCUCCACUCCCUAUGCAGAUCUACAUGCUUUAACACGGUAUACUUUAAGGCUUGUUUGGAGUCUCUUCAAAUGUUAACAGAAGAGGCUCAAUACAACCAGAUGGUCGAGUUUUUGGGGAAGAAAUAAAAUAUUUAAUAAUAAAAUAAGGUAUAUGUACUCCCUUAUAUAUAUUUUAUUUAUUUUUGGUUAUUUAUUUAUAAACCAGACAUUGGCUGUCAAAAAAACCUAUUCUAGUCUAUUCAGAGAAAGCAACAGCAUUACAUACAAAAUAAUAUCGAAGAAAUAUGUUUACUUUCCCAGAUGAAUUUUUCUAAUUUAUUAAAUAGAUUAUAAGAUUUUGUUUUAAUUUUUGUUUAUAAA